AUGUCGGCUGGGGGAGAGCAUCUCAAAGAUGAGGGCACCAAGCGUCAAGUCCUGUUAGCCGGUGGCAUCGCCGGACUGAUUUCGCGCUUCUGUAUCGCACCGCUCGACGUUGUCAAGAUUCGGCUGCAAUUGCAAAUCCACUCUCUGUCAGACCCUUUUGCUCAUCAAAUCACCAAUGGGCCUGUUUACAAAGGGACCCUUUCCACAAUGCGGGCCAUUGUAAAGCACGAGGGAAUCACGGGUCUCUGGAAAGGUAACAUCCCCGCGGAGAUAAUGUAUGUCUGUUACGGUGCAGCGCAAUUCACGGCAUAUCGUGGCACAACCCAAGCCCUCGCUCAACUCGGUCCCCAUCGACUCCCUCCUCCCGUCGAAUCUUUCAUCUCUGGCGCUGUAGCAGGUGCCUGUGCCACUGGAGCGACCUAUCCGCUUGACCUACUCCGGACUCGGUUUGCCGCGCAGGGCCCAGACCGCGUAUAUUCCUCCUUGCGAGCAUCUGUCAUGGAUAUUGCGCGGCAUGAGGGGGUGCCAGGGUUCUUCCGAGGCUGCUCAGCUGGCAUUGCACAAAUCGUUCCAUACAUGGGUCUCUUUUUCACAACGUAUGAAGCGCUUCGACCAGCGAUGGGCAUAUUGGACUCAUUGCCCAUGGGCACCGGGGAUGCUGCUGCUGGUGUUAUGGCCAGUGUGUUGGCCAAAACGGGUGUAUUCCCAUUAGACUUGGUUCGCAAGCGAUUGCAGGUGCAAGGCCCAACACGGACGCGUUAUGUGCAUCGCAAUAUCCCGGAGUAUUCUGGGGUAAUCCAAAGUAUGGUGGCGAUCGUGCGUACCCAAGGCAUCCGUGGCCUUUACCGCGGCUUGACAGUCAGUCUGAUCAAGGCCGCACCGGCAAGUGCUGUGACAAUGUGGACUUACGAGCGCGCACUAAGAGUCCUCCAAGACUACAACAUCGCGGCAGAUAGCUGA